AUGGGACCCACGUGCCCAUUCUUAUCUGUUACUGUUGUACCUUCUCCUACAGUGGACGUGACUCUGAAUCCACAGACGGCUAAUUUAAAUCUUGUCCUGUCAAAAAACCGGAGACAGGUGAGGUUUGUGGGUGCCCAGNUGUCCGAGCCAUCCAGUCUGGAAGAACAUUAUGACUGUAGUGUCCUGGGCUCUCAGCACUUCUCCUCAGGAAAAUACUACUGGGAAGUGGACGUGAGCAAGAAGACGGCAUGGAUCUUGGGUGUAUGCAGUACCCCCGUGGAGCCCAUGUUCUCUUUCGGCCAGUACUCCAGCAAGCAGGGCGCCUACUCCAGGUAUCAACCGCAGAGUGGAUACUGGGUGAUUGGCUUGCAGUGUAAGCACGAGUACAGAGCCUAUGAGGACUCCUCCCCAUCCCUGCUCCUCUCCAUGACCGUGCCACCUCGACGCAUAGGGAUUUUCUUAGACUGUGAGGCUGGCACGGUCUCCUUUUAUAAUGUCACAAACCACGGCUUGCCCAUCUACACCUUCUCGAAGUAUUACUUUCCUUCUGCCCUUUGUCCAUAUUUUAAUCCCUGCAGCUGUAUAGUCCCGAUGACCCUGCGGCGCCCAACUUCCUGAGGUCUGCUACCCCUGCCCACAACUAAGCAGAUUCCUUCAAACACGUGAAUCUCCAUUCUCUGUUCUCCUAGUAGGAUACCUUCCAUUGCUGAGAGUGAGCACCCUUAACCCAU